AUGCAUUAUAAAAAAACAUCUAAUGGAGAUUAAUUUACAUUUCUAAAUAAUCGAGUGAAUGAAUUAAUGACCUAAGUGGAAAAUCUGGAGUAGAUCAUACAAUAGUAAAAGAAAGAAAUCAGUUAUUUGGUGGCAGCUCCAUUAAAUGAUGAAAAUAAUUAUCUAAAAGAAAAAAUAAAACUCUUAGAAUAAGAGAAUACAUAGUAAAUGGAAUACUAUGAAGAGAUAAUACUCCAACACUAAUUGAGAAACCAAGAAUACGUAACCAAAGUCAAAGAGGAGCAACACUCAUUUCAAUUAUAAAUAGACCAAUUGGAAAUGAAGAUUCAGAUCAUCUUGGAACACAAUGAUAAGUUAUAAGAAUAAAUUAAUUAGAGAGACAACAUUGAAUUGUAAUAGAAGUUUUAAAAACUUAUGUAAGAUCAUAAUCAAAUCUAGUCAAAUUUUGAAAUCUUGAACAAAGACUUCCAAUUACUUAAACAAGAGAAAGACAGGCAAGACUAGGAAUUAUGGCUGUUGAAAAAUUAAAAUACAUAAAUAAAAACUCAAUGCAUUUAUCAAUAAGAAUAAUCUAAUCAAAAGGAUCUAGAAUGUAGUUAAUUAGUAAAUGAAUUAAGUUACUUAUAAAAUUAACUGCACACUUAAAUUUAAUAGAACAAAGAUCUCAAAAAAUAUAAUGACGAUAAAAGUGCAAUCAUUGAUUAAUUGACAAAGUAGCUCUAAGAAUUAAACUAAUAUUUGAUUGAUCAUAAGUUUAUAUCAUAAUAAUAGUGA